GGUAUUUUCUCUUACACUUGGAAGCCUCACCCCCGCCCCCCCCCCCCCGGUUCGGGCACUCUGGGUAUUUCUUGGGGCCCUGUCGAGGGUUGUACCCGUCCAAAGCGUCCCCAUUCCUUUCGGGAGAGCGAAGCCCAACCCUCGGGUCCGUCCCAGAGGAACGUGAGCGGGGCAUGCCCGCGUCAAGCCGGCCGGCCGGAUUCCGCGCCGGCGCAGCCUCCGGCCUCGGUCGGGAAAGAGAUCUUCCUGUCGGUGUGGGCUGGGGGAAAGGCAGCCGUGGCCUGGGCCACGGGUGAGGGCAGAAUAACCGGUGGGAAGGCUGCAUUUUCACGAAGGACUCGGGUGAAGCUGAGAGCUGCCUUUGAGCCCUGACUCCUUGGCUUCCUGGGUCGGAGGAGAUCUUGUAAUGGAGUGGUUCUUCGUCUCACACUAGCAAGAUGCCUGAUUUCCUCAGGACCGAGGGAUUGAAGAAUGUCCCGUGUUCCAUUGGGGAAAGUCCUCCUGAGGAAUGUCAUCCGGCACACAGAUGCUCACAAUAAGAUUCAGGAGGAAUCAGAUAUGUGGAAAAUAAGAGAACUGGAGAAACAGAUGGAAGAUGCUUACCGGGGGACCAAAAGGAAAAUGUUACCCAGUAGUUCAAGCCGGAUGCGUAGUGAUGGUUUUGAUGAAGAAAGUCAAAGAGACUAUUGGAGGCCAAAGAAUGAAAUUUCUGGGGCACUGGAAGAUGAUUUUCUUAAGGCUAAAUCCUGGAAUAAGAAGUUAUAUGAUUAUGAAGCUAAUAUGCCAGACAGAUGGGGUCACAGUGGUUAUAAGGAGUUAUACCCUGAAGAAUUUGAAACAGACAGUGAUCAGCAGGAUAUUACCAAUGGAAAAAAAACAUCUCCCCAAGCAAAAUCGUCUACCCAUGAGUCUCACAAACACAAGAAGUCAAAGAAAUCUCACAAAAAAAAGCAGAAAAAAAAGUCACACAAAAAACAGAAGAAAAGCAAAAAAGAAGCCACAGAUAUAACAGCAGAUUCCUCAAGCGAGUUCUCUGAAGAAACUGGGGCUUCUAGUACCAGGAAAAGGAAACAACCACAUAAGCGCAAGAAAAAAUCCAGGAAAAAGUCUCUCAAAAAAUCUGCUUUAUUCUUGGAUGGAGAAAGUGACACUUCCCAGUCGGAUGAUUCCGCAUCCAGCAGUUCUGAGGAAGGUGAGGAAAGAGACACUAAGAAAACCAAAAGGAAAAAGAGAGAGAAAAAAGUCCAUAUCCCUGUAGUUAACAAUGAAAUACAGGAAAGGACAAACAAACGCACAAAUUGGAAAGUGGCUACAGAUGAAAGGUCUGCAGAGAGUUCAGAGGAUGACUAAAUGAGAAGGAGACAUUCUCCAUUUCCCAUCUGACUGGUUACUUACAGCUCUUCCACCUUGGGGUUUUGCCAGUGACUCUGUUGCCCGGCACAGGGGCCCUGAGGUCAGAGCUGUCCUGUGCCAUCUAUCUACGUUCUGACAGACUUCUUAUCUUCUAUUUUGGCCUGUUAAACUUGAUCCUCUUAUUGUUAAUAGGGAAUCUGGUAUUUUGUUAUGAAGUUUUCUUGAAGAGAUUAUUUUUUGCAAUUAAUCACUUUUAGGGUAGAGUGCAUAUACAGCAAAUUAAAGGACCCAGAAAGCUAAAUCCCAAUAACGACCUGGGUACACCAAUUGGGAUGUUGAAUUUGGGGAAAGCAAGGGCUGGGAUUGGAGGUGGAUUGGAACUGGUGCUGUGUAGAAUGUUAUAAGGGAACAUCGUGUUGCUCUGUUUGUAUAGCAGGUGCCACAACUUUUUUUGUCUUCAGCCUUGGUGCUUUGAUCUUUCUGUAUUUUGGCCUCACAGAUGUGGUCCGGUUUAUUUAAUGAGAAAAUGAGUAUAAGAGCAAAACAUUUUUCCUUCAUGAUAACAUCCAUAGACAGCUGUUAUUAUGAGACUAGGGUUUUCUGUCAGAUUUCCCUGCUGGACAGGGUCUGUGGCUACACUCAGUAUACCCCCUAAACAUGGUAAUUGGUUUAGUAAAUGGUUUUCUACUUCCAUUGAUGUAUAUUGCCUAAAUGGACUUGUGUUCAAAAUUAUUUCUUCAGUUGUUUUGGGUAAGUCCUCAACAAAACGGGAUAAAAUUAGGAAUUAGUCAUGCUGUCUAAUGGUGCUCUGAACAGGAUUCAGGGUAGCAACUGCCAUUUAAAUAUUAUCUUCCUUGUUCAUUUCUAAAUCUAUUAAUGAACUUUAGAUUUUCCCUGAAACUAGGUUGAAUCAGUUCCAGAAUGAAACAGGCUUCUCAGGGAUGCACCCACUUCUUCCCAGUCUGCCUUCCGAUUAAAGCACCAAGCAGAGACCAUAUUAUUUCCCUUUGCUAUAUACUGUGAUUCCUACUGUUAAUUCUGAAGAAACCAAAAUAUCACGAAAAAAGGCUGGCAGAACACAAGUGAAUUUUCUCAUUAUGACAGAAUAUCAAGUGACAUCAUUUUUUUUUUUGGUUGUCACUUCAUGGGCUGAG